GUGGAAUCAUGUAUUUCGCCAUGUAAAUAGUAAGAAAAAUCUGCUGAACAUGAGAGGUCAAACAGAGAGAGAUUUAGAUCUGCUCGUCUUGAAAAGAGAAGUGAGACGUCAUGUCAGCCCCUUCAGCCGAGUGUGGGAGGGACCCAGUGUGACGUACAAGCCACACACAUGAAAAUCCAACUCAGAAAGUCUUUCAAAGUAGAUUAAAGAAGACGAAGGUGGAUGGAAGGGACCUUUGCUUUCAGAACAGUUCCUUUGCAGUGCGGUGGAUGACAAACAAGACAGGAGGAACACAUUUUGUGGACUUGUGUAAAUUGACGACUACUAGAAAAGGAUCUGUACACUGCACUCAUUUACUGUUGCCAUUUACCAAUCCAAGUUUGUUUGGUUGACACCAUGGGACCUACCGAUAAAUGCGAACCAGGUAAACGCCUGGUGAAUCGUCAGUGUAAUGACUGUCCCCCCAACGAGUACAGUGCUGAGAGCAACAGCUUGGAUCACUGCCAACUGUGCAACAGCUGCUCUAAAAGCCAGCACCUGAGGGUGAAGAGCGAUUGUACGCCACAUCAGAAUGCAGUGUGUGAAUGCCAGGCAGAUUACUUCUGCACCAACACAGGGGCCGAGAGCUGCACCCACUGCAGCCAGCGGGCCACAUGCCCCCUUGGUCAAGGGGCCAUCAACACUGGGUCACCAGAUAAAGACACGGAGUGCCAACCAUGUCCCCCAGGAUUCUACAGUGACGUGACGGACUACCACUCGCCAUGUUUUCCACAUACAAACUGCACGGGACUGGUACUGAAGAGGGAAGGCAACUCCACAGCAGACUCAGUGUGUGAGCCCGUCAAGAUGACCCCACCAUCACCAUGUCGUACUCCCACCUUACCACCCCACACCUGGAUAUUACCCGCAGGCUUGUGGGUGGGGCUUAUCAUCUCCGUCAUCGUCUUCGCUGCCUACAUUUACUGGAAGAGAAGGCGCCAAUCACGACAGACAGUGAACAUCACGGAUGGACAUGGAGGCAACAUCUCCCCCGCGCUGGCUCCUGACAUACUGCCCCCACCUCCAGAGCUCAAGGACUACAAGGCAGAGUCCACGGAGACUCCGCUACUCUCCUGUGCAGUUGAGACCAGCCCCAACUCCAUGAACUGCACGUGCACCUUGGAAUGCGAUGGAGGCAUGUCACCUAUCGUGACAUCACCAACCUCCCCGAUGAGACUGCACCCAUUGGCUGUCGCCUGUGUCCCGGGUGGCGAGAGCCUUCACUCCACUGUGUGUCACUCAGAGCCGCAGGAGGACGAGUGGCCACAUCAGUGAGCUUUGGGGAGGGAAAUCUACUGCAUGGGUUAUUGCUUGCUUGCACUCAUUGGAGUCAAGGGACACACACACACACA